AGCUCGCGGCCACUCCCAGGCCUCAGGAGACGCCUCCGGACUCCGGCCUCUGGGCGCGCUCGCCUCACGCCGGCACCAGCCGCGAUUAUCUGCCAGGCUCCGGCGUUUGGCGUCACCCUGAGAGUGUGGCUCCGGCCAAUCAGCGGAAUCCUUGCUUUGCUGGAGGAGCAUUCAUUGGUUGAUGAGGCACAGCCUGUACUGUAGUCUCUACUGGUCUUCGUCGGUUGUCAGUCAAGCCUGUGGGUCGGACCUUACGCAGUCUUUGUCUGUACGAGCUCUUGUUGUCUGGGCGAGCGGCGGAGCUGCUGCUGCAGAUUGGUCACAGGGAGAAACCCCUGGUCUCUUCCUAUUGGCCCGUCCGUCGGGGGGCGAUGCUGAUUGGCAGGACGGAGCAACCUGGAUCCUAGUUGGCGGAGCUCUCCCCGGAUGGAACCUCCGGCCGGGGAGUGAUGGUGGCGGCAGCGAAGAUGGGCCGGGCAGGGAGCAUGGAGGUGGCGGCAGAGGUGGCAGGGGCGGGGCGGCUGGCGGUGGAGGAGGCUGUGGUCUUCAGGGGGCUGUAGGUGGAGGCAUGGCUCGCGCCAGCGGCGGAAACAGAAGCGAGGAGGCCUGGGGGGCACUUCGGGCGCCGCAACAGCAGCUGAGUCUGGCAGCCUCUUUUGAGGGAGCAAUUUGGAGAAGAGCUGCAGGCCAGACUCGUGCCCUUGCUGGCCUGACAUACUACCCACCUCCUUUCCCCCAGCCUCGUGAGCUGUGUCCGGGAGUGAACAACCAGCCCUACCUCUGUGAGAGCGGUCACUGCUGCGGGGAGACUGGCUGCUGCACUUACUACUAUGAGCUCUGGUGGUUCUGGCUGCUCUGGACUGUCCUCAUCCUCUUUAGCUGCUGUUGUGCUUUCCGCCACCGACGGGCUAAGCUUCGGCUGCAGCAACAGCAGCGGCAGCGGGAGAUCAACUUGUUGGCCUACCAUGGGGCAUACCACGGCGCUGGGCCAGUCCCUUCCGGUUCACUGCUUGACCUUCGCCUCCUCAGCGCCUUCAAGCCUCCAGCCUAUGAAGAUGUGGUCCAACGCCCAGGCACCCCACCACCUCCUUAUACUGUGGUCCCAGGUCGCCCCUUGACUGCCUCCAGUGACUGUACCUGCCCUUCCUCAGCAUCCAGCUGCCCUGCGCACUGUGUGGGGAUGACCCUGGAGGGUGUCUCCUCCCACCACAGUUCCCCCCCUCAUCAAGAGGGUGAGCCUGGGGCCGGGGCGAGCCCAGCCCACACACCCCCCUUGUGCCGCUAUCGGCGCCUGACGGGUGACUCGGGGAUAGAGCUCUGCCCUUGUCCUGAUUCCAGUGAGGGCGAGCCCAGCAAAGAAGAGGGGAGGGUGAGCACUACCCUGCCAGAUCUGGAGGACCACUCUGCUUGUGCACUGCCCCCUGAGACCACACCCCAGGUCCCUCCCAUGGGGCUGGUUUCUAGUGAAGGUGACAUCCUAUGAUGUGGGUCACUUGCCCACCAGAAACAACCCUAGUUCCAACUCUUCCAGUUCUCCUUGGCCCCUCCCGGUCUUCCUAAAAUCUGCCUCAAGAGGCUGGAGCCCUGAGGAAAGAGCAGUGUUGGGGCACUGUGCUACUAGCUCUACCCACCUUUCCCCCAGCCAUACACAGGAGCCUUUGAUCUCAUUAAAGAGAUGUGAACCA